AUGUCAUAUCUUAUUCUAGUGUCACCACAAAAUAUCUCAUUCGGACAAUUUGCUUUUAAUCCAUCAACAUUAUUCCCAUUUUGGCACCAACAAUGCCCUAUACCUUUCCCAGUGACAGGUUCCACAUUAGCGCCAAAUAGUAUUGCUCAAACAACUUCAAAACCUAUUAACCCAUUCUUCUUCCGAGAGAACUCACCAUCAAUGGCUGAUACUCGGCAGCCAGAUUUGAGUUGGAAUAGGUCUCUCAAUUUCCAGCAGGGAUGUGUGUUAACGCCUCCACGAUCUCUUACACCUGAAUCUUUUCAAUUGGGCAAAAUUGAAAUCUCACCGGUACCAAAUGACGAAAAAUCAACUGUACAGGACGAUACUCCCAAAAAGACAUCAAAGUUCUCAAGCAAGCUGCAGUCGGCUGCAUAUCUGAAAUGUAAGUAG